CGGCCACACUGCGCCCGAACAGCUGUGUUUUGUUGUUAUCAGAGAUUGAAAUUGCGUGUACUUUGUCGGCGUAAUUACUUUCUUGCACCAUGAUCGAGUGAUCCAGUCCGCAUCCACGGAUUCCCAAUUUACCCUCUGAGUCAGCGCACACACUGCGUGGCGCUGCUGCGUUGCAUUUUUGUUGAAGUGAACAGCCAGGGCAGCCAGCUAAUUGAAUUAGUGGCGCAUUUUCAAGGUCUCGACCAUGUCUGGAGCAGCCAUACUUAUAAAUGCAGCCAUUUCGGGCGCCGCCUACUGCAUGACGGUGCGGAUGAUUCCCCGCUUCCGGGAGAUGUUCAUCAAGGCCAAUCUCUUUGGCAACGAUUUGUGCAAAAAGGACAAGCCACAGGUUCCCGAAUCCUUUGGCGUGCUGAUUGGCUGUGUGUUUCUGGUCUCCCUCUUCCUGUUCAUACCCGUGCCCUUUGCCUUCGAUGAGGCGGCUGCCACGGAUGCGGUAACUGGCGGAAAGCCCGAUACCUUUCCACAUGAUAAAUUCGUAGAAUUGAUUGCUGCCCUGCUGUCCAUUUGCUGCAUGAUCUUUCUGGGCUUUGCUGACGACGUCUUGGAUCUGCGCUGGCGCCACAAGCUGCUCCUUCCCACCAUCGCCACAUUGCCACUACUGAUGGUUUACUAUGUCAACUACAACUCCACCACGGUCAUCAUGCCCAACUUUGCAAGGGCCUUAUUUGGAACCUCCCUAAACAUAGGUGUUCUGUACUACAUCUUCAUGGGCAUGCUGGCCGUAUUCUGUACGAACGCCAUCAAUAUCCUGGCGGGCAUCAAUGGCCUGGAGGUGGGACAGUCGCUGAUUAUUGCCGGAUCUGUACUGGUGUUCAAUUCCAUUGAAUUGUAUCUUGGACAUCAGGUGGACUCGCACAUCUUCUCCAUAUACUUCAUGCUGCCGUUUCUGGCCACGACCUUGGCGUUGUGGAAGUUCAACCAUCCCGUCUAUGUGGACUCCAUUGGCUAUCAACUGCUGCAUAUAGGUGGCAUCGAUGUGGGCGUUUCGGUACACGAGAAAGUAGUCCACCACCUCAAGAAGGGCUCGAAUUUGCAGCUCCAAGAGCUCCAGGCUAAUGUGCUCCCAGGUGCCCAGUUCCAGCAGGUAGAAGAGGCGAUGCAGGGAACUGGAACUGGCCUCGAUCAGCUGCAGGGGCGUGCUUCCGCCUCGCUUGCUGGUCCGGCUGUGCGUCAUCAGGGCUCGCCAGAUGAUCUCCGGCUGGCCACAGUCCCUGCCAUGCCAGCCGCUCGCACACUUGCACUGCGGCGGAGCCAUCAGGUAAUCCACAUCGUUCAUCUUUAUAGUCUCGUUAAUGGUGCCCUCGCGGUAGCACCAGAGGGCCGGUGUCGGACCCAUCUCUGCGUCCACAUACGCGGGCACAUCGUAGUCUGGCGCAGCCAGAUGCAGCCAAUAAAGCCCACCUGGAGCACCAGCACCGACCAGAGCACCAGCUUCUUGGUUAUAGCCAGGCGUCCCAUGGCACCGGCUCCCGCUGCUAGGGAGUGCGAUGGCAUCAGCAUAUCCCUUGGCGAUACCUACUGCUACUUUGCUGGCAUGACCUUCGCUGUGGUCGGCAUUUUGGGGCACUUCAGCAAGACCCUGCUGCUGUUUUUCCUGCCGCAGAUCCUGAACUUCCUUUAUUCCACCCCGCAGCUGUUCCACUUUGUGCCCUGCCCCCGUCACCGACUGCCCAAGUACGACAACAAGACGGACCUGCUGCACAUUAGCACUACGGAGUUUAAGUUGGAGGAUCUCAAUGCUCCGGGCCGUCUAAUGGUCACGGUGCUGCGGAAGCUGCGGCUAAUUAGCUGGCAUACCAAAGCAGACGGUCUUGUGCGGACCAAUAUUACCCUCAUUAACUUUGUGCUGGUCAUGUUUGGGCCGGUCCAUGAGCGCGUGGUCACACAGAUGCUGAUGGGUUUCCAGGUGUUGUGCACGCUGAUUGCCCUGGCCAUUCGAUAUCCACUGGCAAACUAUUUCUAUGCGGAAACGUAGCUGGUGUUGCAGGAUCAGCUCUAUUCGAUAUUGAUUCUGAUAUUUAUUGUAGUAAGCCUUGGCUAAGUGAACUCCAUAUACAAACAGAUCCACACAAUAGUUCCCGAAAGUAAGUUUUAAGUAAAAAUCUAUAUUUCUCUCUCGUCAAUAAAAACAAGAUCCCUAAAUCAA